ACCAAUUAUCGUUACCUGAGCCAUCUGCGUUUUUGAAUUGGCAAGAAUUUAUAAAUCGAAUACGGUGCAGUGGCACAACGGCCUGUCUAUCAAUCUACAGAUUGAGCAGAUUCAUAACACACGCUUAAUGUCCUAUUUGAUGUUACACGUUAUAAAAGUAAUGUCAACAGUGUGGGCCUGCGAAACCGGCAAGAUUCAAGCUAUAAAAAUUAAUACCACUGUUCAUGAUGUUCUUAACAGCACCAGCAACGGGAAAAUAAAAAAAGAGUUGUAUCUGUUUUCUUUGCAAAUAAUGUAUCGCGACAAUACAUUUUCUGCGGAAAAUUUUACUGUGGAUGCGACUCUUCUCACUGCGGCAAGUAAUCAAUUGAUAUUUACCUUAUAUAAAUUGAUUUAAAUUUCUUAAAAUUAAAAUACAGUUUUUAUUCUUUUAAA